AUGUAUUCGACCGAAGAGAGCUUCGAAUCAAAAACUUCCAGAUACAUUGGUGUCACCUACCUUACUCAUAUCUCCUUCAAACCUUCAUUCUACACCACCAUGGAAUUUCACAAAUGGUGGGCUGAUUAUUACAACCAACAAAUCUUUGAUGUUGCUGGCCUUUCGCAUGAACUGACUACAACUUUUUCUUCUACGCAAGAGCGUUUCAAGAAAGCUCUCAGUCGAAGGCAGAACGUCAAGGAUCAUGUUGCCAACACUCGCAAGCCUUCUACUCCUUCGAAGGACAAGAAUACUUGCGAAGACUCUAGUAAAACCAAUCAAUCAAAACUUGUGAAUACUCGAAAGCCACCACCAACUCUAAAAAAGAGAAAAGCUUCCUCAGAAAGUAUCACAAUUGAAUCAGAUGGCGAGGAUCAGUCCCCUCCUCAUACCAAAUUAGUGAUCAAGAAAAGGCAGAAAGCCAUCAUUCCUUUGGUUCAAGAGAAGGAAUCUGGGACUUCGAAGCCUACAACUUCGAGUGAUAAAAAAUCAUCUGACGAACAGCCUCUGAAGACUGUUGGGAACACCCCUGUCUUCGAAAGCCACAACUCCAGCCCAGAUAAUAUUCUCUCCAAGGAUGAUGCAAGUACUGCCACCUCCAAUCUCAAAACAAUAAUCCUUCGAAUGACACCCCCUUAUUUGAUAAUCCUCCAGGAAUUUGGCAUGGAGGACAACCCUCAAUUAUCCAACAUUGAUGAAGGUGACGAACAGUCUGCAGGGAGCGAAGGAGCUGACCCCUCGGAUGAAAAUAAAAUCAGGGAUGAAGCUUCCAGCCAACUAGAAUCAGAAAAGGAAAACAACCAACCCUUUGGGAAGGUUACAUUACAUGAAAAUGUCUCGACCAAUACUCCUCCACUCUGUUCUCCAGCUGAAUUGGAAAACCUUAAGGAUAUAAAUCCUGCUAGUUUUCCCAAAGCCAUGAUGAGUGCAAGGAGUAGUUCGUCUAGGAAGGGUGGGAUAUCCUCGACAGCUUCUGGUGGAAAAUUGCAGAAUCGCCUUGCCAGAGUCUUCUUCGCCGGAUAA